AUGACUAAUGUUUUAGGUUUAAAAACUAGCAGAUUACUGAAAGGACAUGAAGAAACACAAUUUGAGCAAAAAUAUUUAUUCUUAAAAGAAAAAUUAGUGGGAUUAGUAGACGAAGAUGAUAGAAUGUUUUUAAAUCGUUUAAAAGCUUGUAUGCAGGAUGAAAAUUUUAAAAGACAAUUUAUUUUAUUAAUGGAUCCUAAUAAUUUUAACACUGAAUAUAUUGCAACGACGAAUCAUGUGAAUUAUAAGAAGAAACCACACAUUCCUUCAGAAUCAUAUGCUAGCACUGUAACAUUCGAUACUAACAAUGUAUGUAAUAAGUUAAACCCAUAUCUUUGUCCUCCACGCCAUGAAUAUGGAAAUAUAAACCAAUACGUAAAACCAAAUAUGCACUCUUAUGUGAACAAAAAUGUACACUCAUAUAGAAACCAAAAUAUGCACCCAUUUAAAAACCAGAAAGUGAGCUCAAUAGAAAAAACAAAUAUGAACCCAUCUGGCAACCUGAAUGCGCACCAGUAUAGAAAACGAAAUCGAAAUCUGGAUAAAUGCAAAAAUGAGCGUACAAGUGAAAACAAAAGAACAAAUCAAAUAAAAAACGAAUAUGAUUCAGGAAAUAAGAAAUCUAAAAAAAUACCUAUUGUUUCGGGGAUAAUUAAUUUUAUAAAAAAGGCUGAUUCCAAUUAUGAAGCACAAUUAAUAGAUGUAUUGCUAAAAGAAAAAAAUAAUGAUGUUAAUGGAAAGGAACCUAAAAUGAGUUCUAAAGAUAUGCUUAAGAUGCUUUCUCCAAUUAUUAAACUUUCUAUGAUUUCUUUUAUUACAUUAUUAUUCGAUUAUAAGAUUUAUACCAUUCCCUUAGCUUUUAUAUUGACAAGUAUAUCAAUAUUAUAUGUUACCUUUAAGUAUAAAAAGGUUCUAAAAUAUAUAACCUCCCAGGAAAAGGUUAAGAAAAUAGAAAUAAAGAAAGCUAAUAAUUGUAAUAAAGGACUUAAUUCUUGUAAAUUCAUAAAUAAAAAAUCAUUAGUUUGCGCAUAA